AUGAUGAACGAAAAGCAAGAAUCGCAUCAUCAUCGUCAUCAUCAUCACCACCACCAUCAUCGUGGAUCGUCUCAUGAGGCUUCAAAAGCCCCUGAUCGUGAGUCUUCCAAAGAUCAUCGUGGAUCGUCUCAUCGCGGAUCGCCUGAUGAGGCCUCAAAAGACCGUCACCGUGACUCUUCAACAAAAGUUCAUCGUGGAUCGACUCACGAGCCUUCAAAAGGCCAUCACCACGAGGCUGAAGCUUCAAAAGAAGAUCACAACGAAGCUUCAACAGACAGCAACCGUCGUCAUCAUCAUCAUCACGACGAUGACUUGGACGCGGAUAUCAAAAUCAAGCGCCGCACCCAUCAUCGACAUUCAGAAGCACCCUCCAAGCCAGGUAUUCACUUUGAACAUGACCGUCCUCGCCACUCCAAACACCGCAUCUCUCAUGCUUCUGGUGGCCAGAGUGAAGAGUCUCAUCAUCGACUCUCUCAUCAAGCUAUCGUGGACAAGAUAAACCAAGGUCCACGCGCCAAACGCCAUUCCGAACACCACACUGCGGCUCGAUCCUCCACUCAUCCAAGUCAUCGCGUCAAGAGUGGUUCUGUUCCUGGUCCCCGUCCAACACAGAACAAUGAGACUGGUAUGAUCCAAACUGCCAUUGCUUCCAAUGUGGAUAUGGAGGUCGAAGAACACGAAAAGGCCUUGAAGGAAAACGAGGAACUACGUCGACAACUGCAUCAAAUACAAGAAGGACAAGAACAAUUCAACAGACAAGAUUCGACUGAUGAAAACAAUGCAAAUCACGGUUCCAAACGUCGUCGCAUGCGCAUGAUCUUGCUCUGUUGCUUUCUCGUACUAGCUGCCGUGGUGGGUGCAGUGGCGGCGGUCUUGACAUUGAAGGACUCUCCACCAGACGAGAUCAUUCUGGAUCUUUCCUCGAACAAGACAGCAUCGAAUGCUACUUCCUCUGCGGCUCCUACUGCAUCAUUCUCUAUCGACCCCACAUACGGGCCUACACAAUCGCCAAAUGAGCUGCAGAUCUACAAUGCGCCAACCGAUGAAGAGUGCUGGUCCAUUGCCCGUGGUUUGCUUUCACCAGAUGAAUUGAUGGCACGCAGCUUUCAGCUAAACAUGGAUGUCACUCUUCUUCAGGCAACUUCAAUGACAGACGAACUCGAACUGGAACUUACCGAAAAGAUGCAGCAGUAUCUUGUACCAGCAUUGGCUGGUUGCCCGGAUGACGAAGUAGGAAACAGAAACCGACAGCUUGCGAGCACUGAGUUUGUGAUUGCUGGUGGAACGGUUGCUGUGGAUACAAACGUCAAUCAAGAGUGCGAAGACGAUGCAGAGACCCAUUGCGUGCGAGCGGUCGCAAGUCUCGACUUGCUUCUCAAGGGCGAUAUGUCGACCUUUGAGUUGAUUGCAUUGAUGGUGGAUGUCUUUUCAAGGGUACCCUUGGUGACGAGACUCCGACUGGACCUUCCAUUCACGACAGUUGUGGUUGUGCUGGUAGACUCCGUCAGUCCCACGGAUUCACCAAGCGUAGCUCCUUCUUUGCUACCAAGCGAAUCUCCGUCGUUUGCUCCUUCCAGUCGACCUUCCUUCAAUCCUACUACCAGCAAGCCGACCAUCAGCCCUACCAUGGAACGAUCUGGGUCUCCCACUUCUGCUCCUACACCGAACCCGACUCCUGGGCCUACUCCCGUUCCGACGCCUGGUCCGACAAUGAAUCCGACUCCUGCUCCGACGCCCAAUCCGACUCCUGCUCCAACAACACCAAGUCCGACGCCUGGUCCGACACCCAAUCCGACGCCUGGCCCAACAUUGAGUCCUACUCCUGCUCCAACACCCUCUCCAACGACUGGUCAACCUUCUCAAAAUCCCACGUCGUCUUUUCCGUGUAUUCAAAGCGACGAUGACCUCCAAAAUGCAGUUGCGGACUGGUUUAAUGGUCUUAGGGCAUCUGUCGAGGUCCAGUAUGGACCGAUAAGCGACUGGUGUUUCGGGGCAGGUGUGGUCUCUAUGAGUUGGCUUUUUGCGAAUCGCAUGAAUUUCAAUGAAGACAUUUCGAAUUGGGAUGUUUCUUCUAUUGUAAGCAUGCAAUAUAUGUUCCAGGGUGCAUAUGCAUUCAAUCAAGACUUGUCUUCUUGGGAUGUUUCUUCUGUGACAUCCAUGACUUAUAUGUUCGCUGCCGCAAUGGAAUUCAACCAAGACUUGUCAUCAUGGGAUGUAUCUUCUGUCACAGAGAUGGCAGGGAUGUUUCAGAACGCAAUGGCAUUCAACGCAGACAUAUCAUCUUGGGACGUGAAAUGGGUUACUUCAUUUCAAAAUAUGUUCGAAAUGGCGUCCUCCUUCAAUCAAGACCUGUCAUCAUGGGAACCUUUUUCCGCUACUGAGAUGGGCAUGAUGUUCUAUGCAGCAUCAUCCUUCAAUCAGGAUCUUUGUGCAUGGGGCACGCGAAUUCCCAACACUGCACGAGUCAGUGAUAUGUUCGGUAGUAUGGGCACCAGCAGCUGUACCCAAACUCAUGGCCCAGACCUCAACGAUUAUCCACCGGGUCCCUUCUGCCAUAUGUGUUCAGCUUAA